CAUGUGUUGUUUUAACACUCAGUUUAAAAAGAAAAAAUGUUAUAGAGUUGGUUUGAAUGCUAAUGACACUGUUUUGGUAAAACAGGUCAGGUUUAUUGUUUGAGUUGAAAACCUCUCAUGGAUUUGAGAUGGCGGGCCACCAAAAACUUGAAUGCUGAUUCCUGAACCUGGAAAAAAAAGGACACUUUAUUCUGCAUCACAAGGAUUUCUUCAAAUCUUCAAUUUUCUUCACUCAGGACAGUGUUUUCUUUUUUUCUGUUCAGCCACUUCUUCACUACUUCAACUGUAAAAAUGCCUGAACAAUAGUACUAUAAAUAUGACCAAAGAACCCAGUUGGCUUCAGACUUCAGAACUGAAGACAUUAGCAGACGACUUCAUUUUUUAACACACCGAAUACACGCAAGGACUCCAGGUGAGACACCACUUUAAUGAUACAGAAUGGCAUCACAGCCCAUUGAAGUGGCAGCUCUAGGAAGACCUCUGUUUCCUGGUAUGCUGUAUGACUGCCGCCAGGAUACCUUCAUUCCAGGUGUUACUCUGUGGGAUAAGAAGUCACUGAGUGAAGAUCUGGACAGUCGUUCAAAGCUCAUGACAGAUCUGAAGUUCAGUAGCUCUGACUCUCUCUCUGAUAAGUCCAAUCUCCUGGAUGUAAGUGCUUCCCUGAAGGCCAGCUUCUUAGGAGGGCUGGUGGAGGUGGGAGGAUCUGCCAAGUUCCUGCGUGACACCAAAUCCUCAAACCAACAGUCCAGAGUUACAAUGUAUUACAAAGGAACCACCAAAUUCGAACAGCUCACUAUGACCCAUCUGAGUGACUUCACCUACCCUAAGGUGUUUGAGCAGAAAACUGCAACUCAUGUGGUCACAGGUGUACUGUACGGAGCUCAGGCCAUCAUGGUGUUUGAUCGGACAUAUUCAGAAGAGGAAAACAAGCAGGAGAUUGAGGGACAACUGAAUGUCAUGGUCAAGAAGAUUCCUACAUUUUCCAUUGAGGGAACAGGAGCUGUAGAAAUGACAGAUAAUGAUAAGAAAGUGGCUGAGAGCAUCGACUGCACAUUUUAUGGUGACGUCCAACUUGAGCAGAACCCCACCACUUACACUGAGGCCCUGGAGGUGUACAAGAAGCUCCCCACUAUACUGAAGGAGAAUCCACAGAAUGCAGUUCCAAUAAAAGUCUGGCUCUAUCCUCUUUCUCUACUGAAUACAAAAGCUGCACAGUUGGAGAGAGAAAUCACCACGCAUCUGGUUUCCAACACUGAAGAUAUAAUAGAGGAGCUGGGAGAGGCAGAGAGGACAUGUAAUGACCUCUCCAGAAAAACACUGGUAAAUGUUUUUAGAGACAUCAAAGAGAGGGUGCGCUUAUUUCAGGACUCUCUUAAUAUUUACAAAUCUGUGCUCAUGAAAGCUGUCAGCAGGGUCUUGCCUGCUAUACGAGGAGGAGAGAUGGAGCAAAAUUCAUUGGAAGACAUCCUGAAGAUCCACUACAGCUCCCCUUUCAAUGCUGACAUGCUUAAUCAGUGGUUCGAACUUGUAAAGUCUGAAUUUAGCCUCUUGAGUUCUCAAACCAAGAUGCUGGAGGGAAUCAAAAUAGAAGACUUAGAUGGUCUCAAGAACAUCCUCCUUAAUCCUGAUAUUGAUGUUGUGGUGUGCUUGACCUUCACAUCUCUGAAGUAUGAAGACCAGUAUCUUUCAACCCAGAAGAAGUUUCUGGAAUCUGACAAGUUUAAAGAGCUAGAUGUGGGAACGAAAGCACAUUCUAACACGUUUGCAUCAGAAGAGUGGUUCAACAAUCCUGAUGUCAUCUCAAAGAUGAGAGAGAAUUUAUCUCUUUUCAAAAGUUUUUCAGAGGCUAAUAAAGGUGAAAAGAGAUAUCGAUUCAUUGUGUCUGGCAUCUCAGAUCAAUCCAGUCCAGGGUCCUCCAUCUAUCUGUAUGAAAAAGGGAAGCUGACAAACACACAGUUCCAGCCCGUGUCGAAGCCUCCCCCACCAGAAGUGAAGGACGUGAAGGAGCGCAGUGUGUCCCUGAAACUGCAGAAGUCCCUGACUGGAGAAACUCUGCAGUACAGAGUGGAGUACAAGGAGGUAAAAGCAGUUGAGGAACAGUGGCUUGUCAUAAACACACCUUAUGAAGACUUUACUCUGACUGCGUUGGAACCUGGAAAGCAGCACUUGAUCUGCUACAGGAUUGUGGGUAAAGUGGGAGUGAGUGAAGCCAGUGACACUAUUGGCCCCAUACCGCCUUCAGAAAUUGUUCCUAAGACCAGGAACGACUUCCUACAAUAUUCCCAACGGUUCACUCUGGAUCUGAACACAGUGAAUAAAUACCACUGUCUGUCUGAGGGGAACAGAGUGAUUACUGUCACUGACACAGUCCAGUCGUAUCCUGAUCACCCAGACAGAUUUGAUGCAUAUCAGGUGUUGUGUAGUGAGAGUGUGAGUGAUCAGCGCUCUUACUGGGAGAUUGAGUGGAGUGGAGCUGUGUCUAUAUCAGUGUCAUAUAAGAGCAUCAGCAGGAAGGGAUGGGGUGAUGAGUGUAAGUUUGGAUGUAAUGAUAAGUCCUGGAGUUUGGACUGCACUCCCUCCAGUUACUCAUUCUGGCACAGUAACAUAAAGACUGUGCAGCCCACCAUCAGCAGUAAAAUAGGAGUGUAUGUGGAUCAGAGUGCAGGAAUUCUGUCCUUCUACAGCGUCUCUGACACAAUGAACCAGAUCUACGCAGUCCAGACCACAUUCACUGAGCCGCUCUAUCCUGGGAUUUAUAUGUAUUAUACUGGAUCAUCAGUGAAACUGAUUUGAUGAAUCAGAACAGGCUGAUUCUACCCAUAAUGCUUUGAGCUGAUGAUGAAUCAGAUGUUAUAGAGUCUCUUCAUUACAUUAAUACUGUCAAUGAAAUAUCAUGUCAGGAUAAAAGUGUGUGUGUGUGUGUGUGUGUGCGAUAAAUCCUCAUAUAGACAGUCAGAUCACUGUGUGUGACAUCUGUGCUUUUCUCAAGCUCUGUUUGUGUUGAUGGAAAUAACCUUAAUUUAGUUCACAUCAAUCAUUUAUCAUGUAUAUAGAAUUGAUAUUUGAAUUGAGAUUUGUUGAACAUAUUGUAAUCCAGGUGUAUUUUAGGGGUUCAAGUGCUGAAGCUGCUGCAUCAUUAUUGUGUUUGUACUCUUUUAAUCAAUUAUUGUUUUUCUGCUCUAAACAUGUCUGGGUGUCAGGGACUGUACUUCAUAGAGGAAAUAAUAAAAACUUCUCCUAGA